AUGUGGACCUGGAACAUGUGCCCAACACACAUUUAGUUACUGACUAAAGUCAGAUGGUUAAACAUUUAUUUUGACCAUCACCUGAAACUAAAUAAGACUGCCUACCUGAGUUUAUUUCACACAUCUACUGUGGAAAUGGUGGCUUUUGGAGAGAUUCUGAAAACUGCUGGAGACUUUGGUUUCUUCCAGAAACUUCUCACUUUGGGGUUAGCCUUCCCAAAUUUCAUUAUGCCUGUUUUCUUCUGUAGUUUUCUUUUUAUCCAGUCAGAUCCAGAGCGACACUGUAACACAGACUGGAUCCUACAGGCUGACUCUAACCUGACCACAGAUGAGCAGCUGAACCUGACUCUGCCCCGGGAGGACGAUGGGACCUUCAGCAGGUGUCAGAUGUUUGUCCCUGUGGACUGGGACAUUGGUGCCAUCAGGGAGUACGGACUCAAUGAGACCACAGGGUGCCAGAAUGGAUGGGUGUACUAUAACAUGCUGUAUGAAGCCACCAUCGUCACUGAUUUUGAUCUCGUCUGUGACAAGUCUAACAUGGUUGAAGUUGUGCAGACUGUCUUCCUGGCUGGUUCACUCGCUGGUUCAUUCAUCUUUGGACCUAUAGCUGAAUCGUACGGCCGCAGGAGAACCACCCAGUUACCAGUUGUCCUUUUGCUGAUAUUUCUCACAAUUGCCGGCUUGUCUUCACAUUUUUAUGUUUACAUGGUGUCACAGUUCAUGGUUGGAGCAGCACUUGGAGGAUACAGAAUUAACUCCAUUGUAUUAGCUACAGAGUGGACUGGGGUCACCAAAAGGUCCUUUGCCUCCUGUUUGAGCCAGGAGUUUGGAGCUGUUGGACAGUGUGCCAUGGCUGGUCUGGUCUAUUUUAUUCGUGACUGGAGGAUAGCACAGUAUGUCACAGCAGGAAUGCAGGCCGUUGUAUGCUUGUACAUAUGGUGGAUUCCUGAAUCUGCAAGGUGGUUGCUUGGGCAGGGAAGAACCGAAGAAGCGAAGAGGUUGAUACGUAGAGUUGCAGCAAUCAAUAAAAAGAAAAUCCCAGAGACUCUACUGGAUGAGGUAACUGGGGAGCGAGAAGUCCAAAGAGGAGGAAUCAAAGCACUUUUUACCUCAACAGUCCUGAUCAAAUAUUUCGUCAUUAUAUCUUUUGCCUGGUUUUCAUUAAAUCUAGGCUACUUCUGCCUUGUUCUGAAUGUGGGCAAGUUUGGUCUGAACAUCUUCCUGGUUCAGUUCCUGUUUGGGAUCUCGGAGAUACCUGCACAUCUCCUCUGUAUCUGGGUUCUGGAGUUGACAGGGAGAAAAAAAUCCCUGAUAUCGACCCUCCUGACUGGCGGUUUUGUUUGCCUCUUAACCCUGGCUUUCCCUCAAGACAGUGCUGUGGUUAUCACAGCCCUUGUAACCACUGGAAAGUUCUUUUUGAACUGGGCCGGGUCAAUAUGUUUGGUCUACAUUCAGGAGUUGUUUCCCACCUCCGUCAGGCAAACAGCUGUUGGCUUGGGCUCCAUAGCCUUUAGAAUAGCAAGCCUGCUGUCUCCGUUGCUCAACAUGCUGGCCAUAUACCACUGGUCCAUACCCAUCAUCGUCUUCAGCAGCCUUGUGGUGGUCAGCGGAGCUCUUGUCUUCCUCCUUCCUGAGACCUGCAGAAAAGAGCUUCCUGACUCAACUAAUGAGGCUGAGGGCAACAGGAAUAUGACCACCAAGAAGACUGGAAGUGACUUUAAAAUGGCUGAACACAACAGCAGCAAAUCCACCAAACUCUAGUCUGAAUACUGUAUUUUUACACAUUUCUGUUGUGGGUAACACAAACUAUAUUUUGUUGAGUAGAAUAUUUUAAUUUGGACAGCCGAGUGCCUUCAAUGUUGCUGAGUCACCCAGUGUGUUUGCUCAUGUACUGUGUCUGACUCUGUUGUAUGUCUUUACUGCUGUCAUUGUUUCUGUGGGAAAUAUAAAACAUUUAUAGAG